AUGAAUGUGGUGAAUGUGGGAAAUUCUUUAGCCGCAAAAGCUACCUCAUUCGGCACAGGACAGUUCACACUGGAGAAAGGCCUUACGAGUGUGGUGAAUGUGGGAAAUUAUUUAGCCGCAAAUCCUGCCUCACUCAACACAGGAGAGUUCACACUGGAGAAAGGCCUUAUGAGUGUGGUGAAUGUGGGAAAUUCUUUAGCUACAAAGCCUCCCUCAUUCGCCACAGGACACUUCAUACUGGAGAAAGGCCUUAUAAGUGUGUUGAACGUGGGAAAUCUUUCAGUGAGGACACUGUCCUUGUUCAACACCAAAGAGUUCCCACUGGAGAAAGACCUUAUGAGUGUGGUGAAUGUGGGAAGUUCUUUAGGUGGAAAAAGUACCUCACUCAACACAGGAGAGUUCACACUGGAGAAACGCCUUAUGAGUGUGGUGAAUGUGGGAAAUUCUUUAGGUGGAAAAAGUACCUCACUCAACACAGGAGAGUUCACACUGGAGAAACGCCUUAUGAGUGUGGUGAAUGUGGGAAAUUCUUUACCUGCAAAACCCACCUCAUUCAACACAGGACAGUUCACACUGGAGAAAGGCCUUAUGAGUGUGGUGAAUGUGGGAACUUCUUUAGCCGCAAAAGCCACCUCAUUCGACACAGGAAAGUUCACACUGGAGAAAGGCCUUAUGAGUGUGGUGAAUGUGGGAACUUAUUUAGCCGCAAAAGCCACCUCAUUCGACACAGGAAAGUUCACACUGGAGAAAGGCCUUAUGAGUGUGGUGAAUGUGGGAAAUUCUUCAACCGCAAAAACUGCCUCACUCAACACAGGAGAGUUCACACUGGAGGAAGGCCUUACAAGUAUGGUGAAUGUGGGGAAUUUUUUAGCUACAAAGCCUCCCUCAUUCAACACAGGACACUUCAUACAGGAGAAAGGCCUUAUAAGUGUGUUGAAUGUGGGAAAACUUUCAGUGAGAACUCUGUCCUUGUUCAACACCAAAGAAUUCACACUGGAGCAAGGCCUUAUGAGUGUGGUGAAUGUGGGAAAUUCUUUACCCUCAAAACCUGCCUCACUCGACACAGGAGAGUUCACACUGGAGAAAGGCCUGAUGAGUGUGGUGAAUGUGGGAAAUUUUACGUGCAAAACCCACCUCACUCAACAGGACAGUUCACACUGGAGAAAGGCCUUAUCAGGGCAAUGAAUGUGGUAAAUCCUUUAGCCAGAACUCUGCCCUCCUUUGACACAGGAGAGCUCACUUGCAGUUAAUGUGGGAAAUCCUUGAGAUGCAAAUCUGACCUGUCAACACCAAAAAUUCACACUGGAAAAGGCCUUAGAUACUCAAAGAGAAUUUACUCUUUCCGUAUUAAGUGUAACUGUUGGGUAAAAACCUCUGUGAGAAGUCACCUGUGUGGGAUUCACAUAUAAAGUAUAAAAGUCAUAUGAAUACUUAUAUCUGACUUGAUAUUUUAUAGUUCAUGAUUCAUGGUCAAAACAAACACUUUCUGUGAUAUGAGUGCCCUUGCAUUGUUCCCUAUGUAAGAACUUGUUCGCUAUGCUUCAGAAGAUUGGAGACUGUUGAAAGUUGGACUUGGUGAUUGUGCAUUGAGUUCCCUAUACAGAAUUUUAUUGUUAUCAACCAUUUCAUCAAUAAAUAUGAGAGGUGCUCUCUCAGCACCA